AUGACUGUGAGGCUUCAACGCUCAUACUCACAGUCGCCUGAGUUCCUAUUACGACUCCUCCAAGGUUUAAUCAAACACCCCAAACAAAUCAAACAAGUCCAUUCCCUCCUAAUCACCAAUGGUCACCUCCUCCCCUGUUCAAAUGCUUCAAAUCUGAAAUGGAUGGCAACCCUUCUCUACAACUCCUUGAUCAGAGGCUAUCUCAACUUUGUGGAGCCUCACAAGACUCUCUUAAUCUUCACCCACAUGCUUGCCCAUCAGGCUCCACCUAACAACCUCACCUUCCCUUCUAUCAUAAAGAAAGCUGCCUCUUGCUCACCCUCUUUAGCUUUCAUGAUAGGCACACCCCUUCACACCCAUGUCAUCAAGCGCGGGUUAUCGCAUGAUCUAUUUAUACAGACGUCAUUGGUUGUGUUGUAUGCUCGACUUUGCAAGGUUUCUGAUGCUUGUCGUGUGUUUGAGGAAAUUUCCAGACCAUGUGUCGUGUCUUCCAAUGCAAUGCUUGAUGCCCUAGGCAAGAAUGGGGAUAUGGGGUCCGCUCUUUUUCUCUUUGAGAGCAUGCCUGAAAGAGAUGUGGUUUCAUGGACUAGUAUCAUUAAUGGUUUUGGGAGGAAUAGGUGCUUUGAGGAGGCAAUUCAGUUUUUUGUGAAGAUGAUGGGGCAUGAGGAUGUGAGAAGUUGUUUAGUAAAACCAAAUGAAGCUACAUUUGUUAGUGUUCUGUCUUCAUGUACUAAUUUAGAUGGGGUUGGAGCUUUGCAUCAGGGAAAACAAAUACAUGGGUAUAUUAUUAGGAAUGAGGUUGAAUUUACUGUGUUUAUGGGUACAGCAUUGAUAGCUCUUUAUGGGAAGACGGGGUGUUUGGAAAAUGCGAUGAAAAUUUUUAAUGGAAUGGUGGUUAAAGGGGUCUGCACUUGGAAUGCAAUGAUUUCUUCGCUGGCUUGUAAUGGCAGAGAGAAGCAGGCCUUGGACUUGUUUGAAAAGAUGAAGAUGCAAGGGCUGUGCCCAGAUGAAGUUACCUUUGUUGCUGUUAUUACUGCUUGUGCUCGUUCCAAAUUUGUGGUGUUAGGUUUGGGAUUUUUCCAGUCAAUGUGGUGCGACUUUGGGGUUGUUCCAAGGAUGGUGCACUAUGGAUGUGUGGUUGAUCUUUUGGGCAGGGCUGGGCUAUUGGAGGAGGCAACUGAGUUUAUCAAAAGGAUGCCUUUUGAGCCUGAUGCCACUGUUCUGGGGGCUCUUUUGGGUGCUUGUAAGGUUCAUGGAGCCAUUGAGUUGGGAAAUGAAGUGGGUAGAAGGCUGUUGGAAUUGCAGCCGCAUCAUUGUGGUCGAUAUGUGACAUUGUCAAAUAUUUAUGCAGGGGGAGAGAUAUGGGGCCAUGCUGCUGAUUGGAGGAAAGCAAUGACAGAGGCUGGAAUUAGUAAAAUUCCAGCCUAUAGUAUGAAUGUAUGAUUGAUGUGAUGUAAACAUUUAGUGCCAGUCUCUUCCCCAACUUCGGGCAUUUCAGGAAGCAUUAAGUCUCAGUUCUAGAGCAUUAAGACAACAAUUUGGCUUGAGAAAAUUCGGAGAUGGACUAUAAAGAGAUUUUGAUCAAAGAUGCUUCAAUUUCAUGGUUGUGUAGUGUCUGAUUCUUGUUAAGGGGGGAAAUGAACUGAAGUGCUAGCAAGAAGGAUGAGCUCAAGAUGACUUAUUAUGUGCUAGUGAAGUUGCAGGCUUUCAUCAACUUUAGUCCACUUGAUGAUUGAUGGCAAUUAGGUGACUCUUAUUACCAUUCCUUUGAUGGCAUUCAGCCUGCUAUUUCAGCUACUUUAGAGUUUUCAUACAAGUGGGCUUUAAGUGGCACUUCACCUCAGAAUCUUGUUGCUGAACUUUACUCACUGGUCCACUUCCUGCAAAUAAUCCCAUUCUUGUAUUACUUGUCCAAGGUCUGUGAAAUGUGGAGCAAUUGAUUAUAGGUAUGGUUCCAGGCAGUUUAUGAUCUCUUUGACCCAUGUGAAUUCACAUGCUUAUCUUUGAAGCUGCCAUGAUGUAUGGUUGUUUGAAUAAACCAUGAAUUCUGAUGCAAAUGAAGUAGUGGCUCAUACCUGAUUCCUAAAUUGGAGGGAUGUUAGAGUAGAUGAUGGGUUACGCUAUGAUCACACUAAACACUCUGCUCUCCUUGCUUACAGUUGACUAUCCGGCUAACAAGCUAGUUUGCUAUGUAUCUGAUGAUGGCUGUUCGCCUCUCAGCUUCUAGGCUUUCCUUGAAACAUUAAUGAAUUUUGCUAAGCUUUCGGUUCCUUUCUGAAAGAAGUAUGGUAUUCGCACUAGAGCUAGUGCGCUAUUCUGGUGAGCUUCAAUCAUUCAGUGAUAAUUCAGUGGAGUUUCUACAAGAUUAGAGAAAGAUGAAAGUGAUUGAAAGUUGGAACAAUUUUUUAUCUUUUCUAGUUUUGAUUCCAAUUGGUAAAAUGCAGAUGAUUCUGCACUAAGAAUUUUCUUUUCCUUUAAUAUUUUGAGACCUCAGAACUUGAAUUUCAGUCACCAGUGACUUUCACUGGAAAAAACAUUUCUUCCCGGCUUUAAAAGCAUACAAUUAUAAGGUUAAUGUUUGUUUUAUUUGUGGACCCUUUCUCUAGGUUGAUCGUCAGAGGUUCCGUGGCCGAUAGCGGCCGGAGUUCUCACCUUGAAUUAUGUGAUUGCAGAGUCUGAUUCAUCGAGCCAAAUCUAAGGACAUACCAAAACAUUGGACUAAAAGAAAGUUUUAGAAUGUAAGAACUUCAUUUUUUUGUGUUACAAACUGGGCUCAUUUGGUUGCUGAGAAAAUGGGAGGAAAACACAUGUGAGAUUGAAUCCUGUUAGAGUUUGUCGACCCAAAAAGCUUACAGUGUGAAUUAUAAUUAUGAGAUUUUUUGGAGUGUAUUUUUUAGGGUUAUGAUGAUUAUGCUUCUAUUGUAGUUGUUCGCAUCUCUUUCUUCUUGUAUCAAUCUUUUGAUAUGGUGGAUUUCCGUCUCCUUUAUCCAUAGUUUUUCUC